AUGAAAAUUCAUCUGUCUAUUUUCCUCAUCUUCGCCCUAGCGAUGCUCAAUACGGUUGUUUCCGAAUCUAUCAAGCACCAUAAAAAACAAAACAAAGAGUUCCGCUUCCGUCGUGGUGUGGUCAUUCACGAAUCGGUCAGAACUACUACACCCAUUCCUGGAAGACCCGGGCCACUUGGGAAAUAA